CAAGGAUAUUUCUGAUUAUUUAUUUUUAUAUUUUCAGAAAUUGACAAUCAAGCGAGAUUGGCCUCUUCCUCAAUGUCGGAGUCCCCGUCUCUGGCCAAUUUGCAGAAUAAACAAAAUCGUGAUCAACAGUAUUUGGCCGUGCGUUGCAAUCCUGGUGGUGGCCCACCCCGAGGUUCUCAUUCUAAUGACUCUGGCAGUUUUGGCAAGGCUGAAGGUAAUGAAUACAUAGAAGAUAUUUGUCCAUAUGCUACAUUCCAGCUGAAUAAACAGACAUAUAGCGAAAGCUCAUAUAGCGGUAAUGUGUACAGUGGGCCGUAUCACUCAGUACGAGGCUCAUUUGUAUACCACGACGUGAAGCCGGAAAACUAUCAUUCGAAGGAACCAGAGUACACAAAAGUGCGCCGAAAAGUUGGGCGCCUGCGUGACCCUCAUUCGGAAAGUCAAGAUACGCAAGACGAAACAUCUUCAUCAUCGGAGACUACGCCGACAAGUUUGACGAGAAAAUCGAAACCGCCAUUUGUGGCACGUAAAGGCGGCAAGUCUGGCACCAGUGGCAAACGUCAUGUUCGCAGUUCCAGCGGUUAUUCGAGUCACAACGAAGAAACUACAUUUAGCAUAUCCAACUAUCCUCAAAACUAUCAGGAUCACAUAAAUCCCCCGGCGCGUUUUUCAGACAUCAACGACAAAUCAAAAACACAAACUUCACCACGGAUGCGGGGAAAUCAGAAGUUACAACGGGAGGCAUUUCAAAUCAAUGUGUAACAAAAACGAACUAAAAUAAGUUUCAGGAAUGAGCAUUUAAAUUAAA